AUGUGGCACGUGCCCCGUUUGCAGCUCAGAGCAGCAGCAGCAGCGGCAUCGGCAUCUCACAGAGUUGGCGUGUCAGUUGCUGGUCGACGAUAUCAGACUACCUUUGCAAAACUCUCCUUACUGCAGCACCAGCAUCUCAUAGGAGAUAACUCUACUGGGCUGACGAGCUAUGAAGCCGCUGAAGAUGUCCAGGAGGAGCAUCGAGCCAGAUUCCUGACCUGGAAAGGACUCCCCGAGAGGUCGAGAACAGAAGAGGAUUGCCCUCGGCCACAGCUCAUAACGUUCGAGUCUACGCCGACGUUUACUCUUGGCCGUCGACAAGACGAUCUAAUUCCGGAGCAAAUGUUCCAUCUAGAACGGCCACUGGACGUCCAUCUCCUCCAGCGACCCCAGCCCAUCGAGGGGCUCUUUUAUCCUCAGGUGAAGAAGACGAACCGCGGAGGCCUCACGACUUACCAUGGCCCUGGCCAGCUUGUUCUCUGGCCCGUAUUGGACAUGCAUUCUUCUCUGUAUCCCAAGUAUAGCGUCUCCUCGUUUGCUAGCCAUCUAGAGACAACCACGCAGCGGUUUCUUUCUGACAUGUUUGAUAUUCAAACAUAUACCAACCGCGAUGAGCCCGGCGUCUGGGUUCAAGAAUCGUCAGGCCCGCCUCGUAAGAUUGCAGCCCUCGGGGUCCAUCACCGGCGCUAUAUCACGGCACUUGGCACGGCCAUCAACAUCGAUGUCUCCGUCAAGGGAUUAGAACGUUUGAAUCCGUGGGCUCGGUUCGUUCCAUGCGGGCUCGAGGGAAAGCUGGCGACGUCUGUGGUAGCUGAGCUUGGUAGUGCUGCCCAAGGCAUGUCCUUUGACUUUAUCGAAUUGGCACAGCGCUGGGCUAGUAUAUUUGAAGAAGGGUUGAAAGACGCGUCAAAGCGAGGUGUCGAUCUGGGGCGAUGA